AUGACGCAAAUCAAAGAAGUGAAACCUUUCAAGUUUGAUUCAAAUACUAAAAAAUGGAUCACUGUACAAUUUGAUACAUCACAUCAAGGGCUUUCCAUAAAUGACUCAUUCAAAUUGGGUUCUUUAAAUAUUAUGGACGAAAAGUACAAAAUUAUUCGAUCGAUUAUUAUUAGAGAUGACGAAAGAUUUGUUCACACGGUCAAGUUGUUGGAAGAGGAGAAUUUUAAUGUACUGGCUUUGAAUGAAGUGACUCCAAGGUUUUUGAAGAGAUUACAAGAUUCUGAAUUCUUUUCAAAGAACUAUUUCUUUACUGACAUUGUCAAUGAUGAUGUGACAGAUUCUGUCAAUAAGAGUUUGGGAAGUGGAUUUCAAGGCAAUUUAAUCUUAUCUAAAGUUUGCCCAAUAGCUGUUCAUUUGAUUGAAAAUCCAAUUUCUAAGCAUUUUGUUUUGGCAACCUUUGAAUGUGACAGCACUGAAAAAUUGUGCAUGAUUUCAGCUCAUACUCUUGCUUAUGCAAAGAAUGUUGAACAGAGAAAAACCGAAUUGAAAUCAAUUGCCAACAAUUCAUAUGUUCAAGAAAUGGAUCAGGUGAUCAUUUUGGGAGAUUUAAAUCUUCAUGCCGAAAGUGAAGACGAAAUCAUUGAGGAAAUUGGAUUUAGAGAUGUUUGGAAAGAGACCAGAAGUGAUAAGGGGUAUACGUUCGAUCCACUGAUUAACAGUUUCAUUAGAUUUAAAUAUCUAGGAAUGGAAAAGAGGAGAAUGAGAUUGGAUAGAAUUCUUAUUCGAAACUCAAACACUCUUGGAGCUUGUCAACCAAUGAAACUCUUUGCGAACAAGCCAAUUCAUGAAUCUUCCAAACAUUUAAGUGCUGAACCUUUAAAUACACCACUCUGGUACACCCUCUUUAAUAUUCUAUUCGGGAAUAUCAAUAGAAAGGAUUAUCUAUUCUAUUCUGAUCACUUUGGAAUGAAAGUUCAAUUGAAAAGGUAUGAAAAUCAAAGUGACCUAUUGAAACAACAUCAAGCAAUUAAGGAAGAAGCUAUAAAUCUCACUGAAAAUCAUGUAAAUGAUAGAUAUUCAUUUGUGAGAAAGGCUCUUCUUUCAAUUUUCAUAUUAUCCCUAGCAUAUUUCGUUUUUAGGUGGUAA